AUGACUGUUCACUUGACAACAUGUAAGCAGAAGAAACAAAAUUCUAAUGUCAAGACACUUUUGUCAAGCAAAAAACUCUUGAAUUCUAGUUCAAGAUCCCAGAUAUUGCCUCUCAACAAAAUGGAACCAGUUAUUGCUUUCCAGUCAUCUGGCCCUCAAUUUCUUACCUGUCAUAUUUGUGGACGGGGAUUUGGAAGCCAUUCCCUUCCAAUUCAUGAACCUCAAUGUCUGGCAAAAUGGAAGAAAGAAAAUAGUAAUUUGCCAUCAAAUCAACAACAACCAGUUCUAGCAAAAGACAAGACAUUUCCAGCAGCACAAGUAAAAAUCAAUGAAAGAAAUCACAAAAGAAAUGAAAUCACUCAGUCUUGUUCCAAUUGUGCAAAACUUAUGUCAGUUAGUGAGUUUAAAGAUCAUCAGAAAAAUUGCAAAAAACAAAUAACUCCAAAGGUACAGAAAUCAGUGUCUGCCGUAUCUGUUUUUGCUCGACCUCCAACUGUCAUCUGCUACAUUUGUGGACGCGAAUUUGGCACAAAGUCCAUCUUCAUCCAUGAACCUCAAUGUUUGAAAAAAUGGCAUCUAGAAAAUGAGAAAUUAGCCAAAAAAGAUCGCAGACCAGAACCAAAGAAACCAGAAGUCGUUUCUUUGAAUGGUGACGGCAUUUACAAUCUUGAUGCUAUGAAUGAAGUGGCUUGGCAAGUCCUGACCGGCUUGUUGUUCAUCAGAAGAGUUGCAAGCCAAAGAAAAAAUGAACUAUAUUCCUGGUGUUGGAUGUUCUUGAAUCCAUUCAUCUGUUAUUUUUUUCUUUCUUUCUUCAUUUUACAUAUUUAUUUUCUUCCCAUCUGUUUAUUCUUUAUUUUUCUUCACUUUACUUUUCUUUAUAUCUUUUUUCUUUCUUUACAAUUUUCUUUAUUUUAUUUUUAUGUUUUUCCUUUUAUUUUUUAUUUUUUCUGCUCAUAA